CAACUCGAUGGCUUCUUCAAGCAACAACCCAUCCACACAUCUAGAUGCAUUCCACCUGACUCCUCCCCGCAGGUCUUGCUGACGCUGUCGCCAUCCCGUCUGUCUCAGCCGACCCCGAGCUCCGCCCGGAGGUUGUCCGCAUGGGCAAGUUCCUCGAGAAGGAACUGAAGGCUCUGGGCGCAACCGUUGAGCUCCGCGAGCUCGGAAAGCAGCCCGACAUUCCGCAUCUGGACCUUCCUCCCGUCAUCUUGGGCCGAUACGGUAGCGAUCCCAAGAAGAGGACUAUCCUCGUGUACGGUCACUACGACGUGCAGCCAGCGCUGAAAGAGGACGGAUGGAAUACUGAGCCGUUUGUGUUGAGCGUUGACGAGAAGACCGGACGCAUGUUUGGACGGGGGAGUACCGAUGACAAAGGCCCUGUGCUGGGAUGGAUUAAUGCGAUCGAGGCGCAUCAGAAGGCUGGCAUCGAUUUCCCGGUGAACCUGUUAAUGUGCUUCGAGGGUAUGGAGGAGUACGGAUCCGAGGGGCUCGACGAUCUGAUCAAAGAGGAGGCCAGCAAGUUUUUCAAGGAGGCCGAUGCCGUGUGCAUAUCCGACAACUACUGGCUCGGAACCGAGAAGCCCUGUCUCACAUACGGCCUUCGCGGCUGCUCCUACUACAAGAUUAACAUCUCCGGGCCUGGUGCAGACCUUCAUUCGGGAGUCUUUGGUGGAACUGUCACCGAGCCGAUGACGGAUCUUGUCAGUCUCCUGGGCACACUGGUUGACAACAAGGGCAAGAUCUUGAUCGACGGACUCGACAAGCUUGUUGCUCCGCUCACCGAGGAGGAGAAGGCGUUGUUUCCCGGCAUCGCUUUCACCAUGGACGAUAUCUAUGAGUCCCUUGGCUCCAAGACCACCAUCUAUGACAACACCGAGCAAAUCCUCAUGGCCAGAUGGCGCUACCCCUCCCUCUCCAUCCACGGAAUAGAAGGUGCAUUCUCCGGCACGGGAGCAAAGACCGUUAUCCCAGCGUCGGUCUCGGGCAAAUUCUCGAUCCGCACAGUGCCCAACAUGGAGCUGUCGGAUGUUGACGACCUGGUAUUCGCGCACCUCGACCGGGAGUGGGCCAAGCUCGGCAGUAACAACACCAUCAAGCGCGAGCUCAUGCACGCCGGAAAGUGGUGGGUCGCUUCGCCCAAGCACUGGAACUUCUCUGCCGCCAGCAAGGCCGUGCAGAGCGUUUUCAACACCGAGCCCGAUUUCACGCGCGAGGGUGGCAGUAUUCCGGUCACCCUCACGUUCGAGCAGGCCACUGGGAAGAACGUACUGCUCCUGCCCAUGGGAAGCUCGACCGACGGCGCCCACUCCAUCAAUGAAAAACUCGAUAAGAGGAACUACAUCGAGGGAACUAAGCUGCUCGGUGCCUACUUGCAUUAUGCCGCUUGUGAGCCACAGGUUUAGAAAACGGCGAGGAAAUCGAUGGACUGCACGCUGCUGUAGUGGUUUUUGUUUCUUCAAUGACUGCAUGCGAAUGACGGAUUGUGAUUGUAAUGAAC